AAUACAAGAGAGCAGUUUGAAAAUUAAUGACGAAUGGGAGCUUUACAUCAGUCCAGUUACAGCUUCACAUGCUGGGAAUUACACAUGCUCUGUGGAAAACAUAUUUGGGAAAGAUGAGAUUACAUAUUAUGUGACAGUUCAAGGAAACAGAAAUAAAGGAAUUCCUCCCGCACCAAGUGAUCUACAAGUUACUUCUGCAAGCAUUUCAAGCAUUCUGCUUCAGUGGAACAUCUCUUUUGCAAUUAAUAACGUUAUUCAAGGGUUUUAUUUGCAUCUCAAAAGGGAGUUUGGAGAAUGGGAAAAAAUAGUAUUAACAGCAGAUGAUAUGAGUUAUUUAUUGAGUAAUCUUCAAUGUGGGACUAGAUACUAUUUGUAUUUGCAAACCUUCAACCAGCUGGGGCAAAGUUCACCUACACCCACAAUCGUGACACGCACUCAUGGCUCAGCUCCAGUGGCUCCAAGCAGUGCAGAUAUGAUAAAAGUGAACUCUACCUCAAUAUCUUUGAACUUGAGUUCUUGGAGCGAUGGUGGAUGUCCAAUAACAUCACUUGUUGUGGAGUAUAAGCAAAAGAAAGCAAUAGCAUGGACACUUGUUUCAAAUAAUAUCAAAGUAGGAAAACCAGAAUUCCAGGUGUUGGAUUUGGAUCCAGAAACCUGGUAUACCUUACGCAUUACAGCUCAUAAUAGCGCUGGAUCAACUGCAAAGCAAUACAACUUUGUAACACUUACAUAUGGAGGAGCUACAAUUUCACCUGAUGCUGCAGAGCGUUCAAUAUCUGGGGGCAAAAUGUUCUAUAGUGGUCUUGGGAUUAUAGGACCAACAGCAUCAGCAGUUAUAGUUCUUAUAGCAGCUGCCACUGGCCUUUUAUUGUACCUCAGAAAAAAUCAAGAGAUGUUGUCGUCAAAGCCAUUUGGAGAUAAGCCAUUGGAGAAGGAUUCAACGCCAGGAGCAGAUAAGAAGACUGUUGCACCCAUUUAUGACAGUGAUGAUGGUCUGGUGGCACUAAGUCCAACACCACAGGAGUCUGUGUAUCUGCCUACACCAGUGAGAGUUUCACCUGCCCACAGGAAAGGCAUAAGCCCCUAUGCAACAUUUCGAGUUCCUUUAGAAGUAUCAAUGAAAAAUGCUGAAAAUAUUGAGUCAUAUGUGUCACCUGGACCUGUUCAGUACCCUGGGAACAUUAAGAUCUCAGAAAUGCCUGACAUUUGCACAGAAUCAACAUAUUCAAAAAUCCAGAGGAAUUCACAGCAUAGCAAUGAAGGAACUGAGUGGAUACCACUUCAUAACCUGUAUCAGGCUCAUAGAUACUAAUGACUUCUCAGUAUCAGAAAGCAUUACAUUUUAUUGAAACUAAAGGCACUUGCUACACAAUUUAAUAAGUGCCUUUCUAUAAAUAAUAUUUCUAAUCAGUUGAGUGUUGUAAUUAAGGUACUGUAUGAUACUCUUUCUCCA